CGGAGCUACGCUCAUCGAUACAGUGAAAUAAAUAUUUUUGCAACAUUUUGUACUUGGAAUAUUCAUGAUCGGAUUGCUUAUGAUUGCGAUGUAUUACAAUCCAAUAACUUCGUUUGCGUCAAAUAUACAUCUUCUUUGGAAAUUGAGAUUUUAGGGAUGAAGAUUCUGCAUAAACGGGCGUUCUGGCUAUUUUUUCUGCUAUGGAAUACAAUACAGGCUCAGAUCCGCUACACUAUUCCAGAGGAAUUGAAAGAAGGAGCUGUUGUUGGGUCUAUAGCGGAGGAUCUUGGUUUGAAAGCGUCUGAGAUUUUUGUGCGUAAACUAAGGAUAGCCUCCGAGGCUGGUAAGCAAUAUUUCAGUGUGGAUUUGAGGAGAGGCGAGUUGGUUGUCAACGAGAGGAUCGACAGAGAGAGUCUGUGCGGACAAAGCGCCAGUUGUCUAUUACCACUGCAGGUUGUUAUUGAGGAGCCGCUCCGCCUUUACCGCGUUGAGGUGGAAGUCCAGGAUAUUAAUGAUAAUGGGCCAAUCUUUUUGUCUACUGAACGGGUUCUUAAUGUUGCAGAAUCCACAACAACCGGAGCUCGGUUUCUACUUACCAGUGCAAAGGACCCUGACGUGGGAUCCAAUUCCCUCAGUUCAUACAAAUUAAAUAAAAAUGACUUUUUUUCAUUAAAUGUUAAGACCAAUAGAGAUGGAGUGAAAAUACCAGAGUUACUUUUACAAAAAGCACUAGACAGAGAGAAACAGGCCGUUCAUCAUCUUGUGCUGACAGCAAUAGAUGGUGGCAAUCCGGCCCGAUCAGGUACUACGGAGGUCACUGUUCAAGUUUUAGAUAACAAUGACAAUGCUCCAAUCUUUGAGAAAUCGCUUUAUGAAUGUUCUUUACUAGAGAAUUCACCCAAAAGUACAGUGGUCAUUAUCGUCAAAGCCGGUGAUGCUGACGAGGGUGCUAAUGGAGCGAUGCAAUACACGUUCGCUGAGCAAACGCCAGACUUCAUACAUGAAAUGUUUUCUAUUGACUCUGAGUCUGGACAGAUCACUGUGACUGGCAAUCUGGAUUAUGAAGAGAGUCACACUUAUGAAUUUAAUGUACGCGCUACAGACAAAGGAAUUCCCGCUAUGGAGGGCCACUGCUCUAUUCGGGUAGAGAUUUUAGACGUGAAUGAUAAUGCACCUGAAAUUGUCCUGACCUCGUCACCUAACCCAGUGAAAGAAGAUGCUUCUUUAGGAACAGUUGUUGCUUUGAUAGGCGCAAAAGAUCUUGAUUCAGUGGAAAAUGGGAAGGUCAGUUUGAGUUUAAUAGGCGAACAUCCAUUUAAAUUGAAACCGUCGUAUGCAGAUAAUUAUGCUAUACUAACAGACUCUGAACUCGACCGGGAGCUAUUUCCUGAAUAUAAACUGAAAAUUGUCGCCUCUGAUUCGGGUUCUCCUCCCCUCACUUCAAAAAAAGAGGUAAUUGUAAGAGUUUUGGACGUUAAUGACAACCCUCCAGUUUUCUCCCAACCUUCUUACACUGUUUACGUCAGAGAGAACAAUGCUGCUGGAUCAAUAAUGUGUUCAGUUUCCGCUUCAGAUCCAGAUAUAGGAGAAAACGCCAAGAUCUCCUAUUCUAUAUUAGACUCUAAAGUACAAGACGUGUCUGUCUCCUCCUAUAUUUACAUCAACUCAGAUAACGGCAGCAUCUACAGCAUGCACUCGUUUGACUAUGAGAAACUGAAGGUGUUUCAGAUACAGGUGCAGGCAAAGGACCACGGCUCUCCGUCUCUGAGCAGCAACGUCACGGUUCAUGUUUUUAUCCUGGACCAGAACGACAAUGCCCCCGCUGUUAUUUACCCUUCCGCUGUCAUGGGCUCUGUCUCCCAUCAGAAGAUGCCCCGGUCCGCUAAAGCAGGCCACCUCACCACUAAGAUAUCGGCAGUGGACGCAGACUCGGGCCAUAACGCCUGGAUUUCCUAUAGGCUGGUGGAGGCCACAGACUCGUCUCUGUUCAGUGUGAAUCUUUACACAGGGGAGGUGAGGACUAAACGCGCUGUUUCAGAGCAGGAUGACUCCUCUCAGAGGCUGCUUAUAGAGAUACAGGACAAUGGGGAGCCGGUCCAGUCCGCCACAGUCACAGUCAACAUACUGUUAGAGGACGGGCUCCACGAGCCCAUCUCGGACUUCCGCCAGAAAACAGCAGAGCCCAGCAAGAGAAACAGUAAAAUCACCUUUUAUUUGAUAAUCUCUCUGGCCUCCGUGUCCGUUUUGUCUUUGUUGACUUUCCUCAUCUUAGUGGUGAAGUGCGUUAGAAACAGUAGGAGCAGCUCGAGUUGCUGUAUCAGACGGGCUGAUUCUGACGGAUACAAGAAUCCAAACAGAAACCUGCAGCUCCAGCUCAACACUGACGGCCCUAUUAAGUAUGUGGAGGUCCUGGGAGGGGACAUGUUGUCUCAGAGCCAGUCCUUCAGGUCGUGUCUCUCUCCAGUGUCCGAGUUCAGUGAUUUCACCCUCGUUAAGCCCAGCAGCACCACAGACUUUAAGGACAUGAUAAACGUACUUGAUGCAUCAUUACCUGACAGCGCGUGGACGUUCGAGAGCCAACAGGUGAGCAUAUUGUUUGAAUUGGUAAUUGAAAUGGAAGUUAUUCAACUUGCUAUUGUUCCCAUAUAUUUCUAUGUCAUACAAUGCAUAAUACGGCUUGGUUUCGUAAAUAAUUUUCCUGUAAUAUGCAAUGAAAAUAAAAAUUAAUAGCAUCAGGAGCUU